CCCGCGGAUGUUGAAAUGAUGCGCCUUUAUGAGGCUAUAGAUGAAUCUGAAGCCACCGUUUCCGACGUUCAGCAGACUUCAUCUGAAAAUGAUUUAGCUUCGAUCCUCUUAGGAGCGGAUACCGACGAAGCGGGGGAAUCACAGUCUGAUUUAGACAAGAACAUUAAUAAUACUGAUGAUGCAGCUUAUUGCCCCAAAGUGAUGAGUUCUCUCGGUGGAAUGAAGCGAGCGUUUGUCGCCCAUGUUCCUGUGUACACUCAACAGCAACCUCACUCACUUGCUCAACAAGUCUUUGCCUGA